UUGCUAAUCGCCUCCGUGUCGCAGCGUUGUUCCGUGCAUCUCGUCCCACCUUUACGAGGUCGGAUCCUUCUCUCGAACAUACACUCUACUCGACUCCUGAUUGAGCUCAUCGUGCAUGCGGCAUGCUCGUGCACUUCCCAAGACGCGUCUUCAACGGCGGCACCCGCAGAUGGCUGGCAUGCGCCUGGAAGCGAAGAACAUGGGCAAGCUCACUAAUCGAGGGGACAGCAGCGUAACUGUUGUAGCCUGUACGCCCUCUGCAGAGGUUGCGACGAAGGAGAGGGGAUUGUCGCUGGAGGAACGGGGCAAAUCCCUGCUGAAUUGGCGAUCAGCUGUUCUUCACGAACGCGACUUCGCCGGCUCGAACCGCCCAGUACAUACGCAACAAUGCCCGAGAGCCCAUGGCUUGUACCAACACUCAUCCGGGACACCCUGUCACGUCGCGUGGUCCACCAGAAGUCUCCCACUGGCGAUAUUAGCUGGCAGUUCUUCCCGGCGCACGCAUCUGACUAAAGCCAGCCGUCGUUCUUACUCUACGCGAGCACUACCAGAUAGAAGUGGAGAUGAUUUUACUAUCCCUAGGGUUCCUACGAGAGUCCUGAAGGCGCGUGCGGAUGUGAUACGAAGAAUCAAUUCGAUUAUGCAAGCAACAUUUGGGAGACGGUUCGAAGUAGUGGUUUUCGGGAGUACUUGCUACGGCACGGAUAGCGCAGACAGUGACCUUGACCUAUGUAUGCUGGACCAUAAGAAACCCAACGGCACUUUGCCAGACGAUGACGUAGAUCUGUUUGGUCGGUCAUUACUUCUUUGUUCGUCCGUGUGAGGGAGGUAUUGACUAUAACACAGGGCCGUACGAUGUUGAGUGAGUGGCUUGAAUGAACUCCCUCACCGAGAGACUCAAGACCAUCAGGGCUGUCGCGGCUGCACUUAAGA